GAAAAUAAAGAGGAAAGCCCUAACUCUUCCCUCCACGCCACCACGUUCUCCUCAGCUGCUCAGUGGCGUCGCCGCAUCCUCCGGUUCAGUGCUGCCGCCGUCGUCGUCGUUGUUCUUCUGCUUGUGCCGCUGCAGUCUGUCUCUUAGGGGUUUUGCACUGAUUUGCUACUCUUCAUUGAAAUAAUGGGUUUACAACUGUUUGAUGGAAGCGAUUCUGACAAUGAUGACUCAAAGAUAGAAAUUAAUCGGGAUUAUGCAAAGAAGUUUGAGCAUAAUAAGAAGCGAGAGGAUCUUCAGCGCUUAGAGGAGCUAAAGAAGAAGGGUCUAAUUGAAGACUCUGAAUCAGGAAGCUCAGAAUCUGAAUCAUCUUCCUCCGAGGAUGAAGAAGGCAGCCAAAGUAGGAAGGACCUGGAGUUUUUUGAUGCAUUAAUCAAGGUCAAGAAGCAUGAUCCAACCCUUAAACAGAAAGACGCCAAGCUUUUCGAUUCAGAUGAUGACAACUCUACAAAGGAAAGUGACAAUGUCAAAAGUAGUUUAACAGAGAAGAAGAAAAGUAGUAUGUAUUUGAAAGAUGUGGUAGCAAAACAUUUGAUUGAAGAGGGCCCUGAAUUCAAUGAUGAGAAGCCUAAAAAUGUGAAGAUUUAUGAUAAGGAGCAAGAGGAGAUACGCAAGGCAUUCUUGGAGGCAGCAGAAAUGCAAGUUGAAGAUGAUGAGGAAGCAUUGUUAAAAGUGAAGGAUAAAGGUAUGGUAGAAGAGGAAAAGGAUGAAGAAUUAGAGAAGAAGUUGGAUGAGUAUUUUGGGGAUGGGGAUGACCAAUUGGAUGAAAAUUCAAAGUUCUUGAAGGAGUACUUUAAGAAUAAACUUUGGCUCAGUGAAGAUGGAAAGGUCGGGGAGGAGGAGUUGGAGAUGCUGUCGGAGGAUGAGGAAGAGAUUGAAAAACAAGAGGAAUAUGAAUACAAGUUUCAAGAAAAUGUAGGAGAUAGCAUUAUAGGGCAUAGUAGGACUAUUGAGGGGUCAGUUAGGAAAAAGAAGAAUUCGAGGAAGGAGCAGAGGAAGAGUAAGGAAGAGAGGAUGGAGAUUGCAAGAUUAGAGAGGAAGGAGGAGUUGAAGCAUUUAAAAAAUUUGAAGAAGGAGGAGGUAAAAGAGAAGCUUAGGAAGAUUAGGGAGACUGCAGGAAUUGGGGAGGACGAGACUUACUUAUUGAAUAUCAAAGAUUUAGACGAGGAAUUUGAUCCAGAAGAGUAUGACAGGAUGAUGAAGGUGGCUUUUGGUGAAGAAUAUUAUGAGAAAGAAGACGUUGAUCCUGGGUUUGGAAGCGAUAUGGAUGAUGAAGGUCAUGGUGAGAUUGAGAAACCCGAUUUCGACAAAGAGGAUGAGUUGCUUGGACUGCCGAAAGGAUGGGCUUCAUCUGAGUCAGGUGAUGGCUUCUUAGCAGCUAGGCAAAGGAGUUUAAGCCAUAAAAUUGAUAAUGAUCCAAGUGAUGAAGAGAAUAAUGAAGACGAUGAAGAACAUGACUAUGAGGAUGAAAAAGGCAAAAGAAAGAGGAAGCGUAAAUUGUCUCUGUACAAAAGAGCUAAAGAAGCCAUGAUGGAGGAAUAUUAUAAAUUAGAUUACGAGGACACAAUUGAUGACAUUAAGACGAGGUUUAAGUAUGCCAAAAUACAACCUAAUCGUUAUGGAUUAAGUACUACCGAAAUCCUGGCAUUGGACGACAAGGAGUUGAAUCAGUUUGUUUCUUUGAAAAAGUUGGCCCCUUAUAAGGAAGAAUGGAAGAUGCCAAAUAGUACUAGACAGCGCCUGAAAAUGAGGACCAAGGAGCUCCUUAAAGGCAAACAAUUUGGUGAGCAGAAAGAUGGCUUAAAGAAAAAGAUGAAGAGCUCCGACUUGCACACUUUGGACGACAACGAGAAUGAGAAGAAAAAGAUGAAGAAUAGCUCCGACUUGCCCAAUUUGGAUGCCGAUGAGAAUGACAAAGUACAAACUGAGGAUUCAAAUGUUGAUAGCAGCAAUUUAUCUAGGAAAGCCAGAAGAAAACUACGACAAGCUGAAUUUAAAUUGUCACACAGUAGGCUCUUGGGAUACGGCAAGAUAACCUUGAAACCGAAGAAGAAAACAAAACACUGAUCAUUCGAAAGCAAGCUAGCAGGUGAUUCUUCUUGUCAAUCACUAAUGAGUUAACUUCUGUGUUUUAUUAUUCAUUUCUUUGUCCUCCUUGUGCUCUUUUCUCAACAUUUUAUGAUGGUGUAUCUGAAUUAUGAAUAUCUAAAGAAAACAUAGCACACAAAGUAAUGCAGGUUAGUUCCUAGAUUGAGCGACAGAGUCUGGCAUAACGUUUUAUUUUCUUUUUUUUGUCACGUUUUUUCUUUUCUCGGUUAAACCUGGCAGUCAUUCCCUACUUGUUAUAUUGUAAAAGUUUGAACAUAAAAGCUUUAGUUUGGUAGAUUUUGUGCUUGAACCAUUCCUAUUGUUAUUAUGUUAUUAUACCCUUCUAGUUAA